AUGCAGGAGAAGGCCAUAGUCAGGGGUGGAGGGGCUGACAGAGGGUUUGUGUUCCAGGCUGUGUCACAGUGUACUUUGUUCGGCGGAGGGACCCAUCUGACCGUCCUCGGUCAGCCCAAGUCGGCCCCCUCGGUCACACUCUUCCCACCCUCCAAUGAGGAGCUCAGCGCCAACAAGGCCACCCUGGUGUGCCUCAUCAGUGACUUCUACCCCAGCGGCUUGACGGUGGCCUGGAAGGCAGACGGCACUCCCGUCACCGAGGGCGUGGAGACCACCAAGCCCUCCAAACAGAGCAACAACAAGUACGCGGCCAGCAGCUACCUGAGCCUGUCACCGAACCAGUGGAAAUCUCGCAGCAGAUUCACCUGCCAGGUCAUGCACGAGGGGAGCACUGUGGAGAAGAGUGUGGUCCCCGCAGAGUGUUCUUAGGUCCCCGAGACUGUCAGGGAUGGAGGCCUUCCUCACCCAGAUACACCUUCCCCAGCUCACCAUGUACCCCUGAGAGCCAACUCCUGGAUCAGCUCAGACCGGGAAGGUCACACACCCUCCCAGUUUCUAUUUGUGCUCAAUAAAGAACUUAUCAUUUAUCAUUCAA